AUGUUUGAUUUUUCAAAGUUUAAUAUGGAUAAAUUAGUACAUACAUUUAUCCAAAACUUAGGAUUAAAAAUUGAGUCUCAUGCUUGCAAGAAAUUUAACAAAAUUACAUUUGUAACAAACAUAGACAACCUUUAUAAAAUUAAGCAAUUUUAUCCUGCAGAAAAAAUAAAAGAAAUUAAUAUGCAACAAGAUAUGGAUUUGACUGUUGAAAACAACAUAAAAUAUUUUAUGGAAAAACAUACCAGUUUCUUUGAUAAAUUUACUUACUUAAAUAAUACACAAAUGUUAACAUCUCAUUUAAGAAGUAUUAAUACAAAAAUACUUCAGAAAAUAAGAAUAAAGAGGAAACACAAUGAAAGCAUGAAAAGAGGGGAAAUUGAAACAUAUAAUAAAAUUUUAACUUGUAAAAGAAUAAGGACAAAUUUAGCAAAUAAAUUGAAUGGGUCAAAAUAUAAUUCAUUAUUUUCCAUAGGAGGCAAACAAAAAUACAUUAAUUUCUAUAAUUGUGAAAAACAUAAAUUUAAAAAAGUUACUGCAUUUGAAGAUUCUGAGCCAUUUUGUGAUGAUAAAAUUAUGUCUAAUGAUUGUAGAUAUGGCAACAUUUUAAAAAUGAAUAAUGAUAGACAAGAAAAUUUCAUAAAUACUGUGAUAAAUAUGGCAAAUAAGGAAAUAGAAAUGAGUGAAAGAUUUUUACAGCUAUAUAUAAAUGAUGUAGAUCACAUAAAAAAAAAUAUACAAGUUACACUCCACAUAGGAAAGAAUUCAAAAUAUAAGCGUGACAAAAGGGGUGAAUUAGAAUACAAUCAAUUACUUUGUCAUCAUGCAAUUUUAUGUUUAAUUGAACCUAGUAAAAAGGGUGCUGUUUUAAUUGAAAAUAAUUUAUCAAUUAUUAUCCAGAAAUAUCUCUCGCAAGGAUAUAAAUAUCAUUUUGAUUUUCAAAGAAGUUCAAAGGACCAUUAUACAGCUGUACUUAUUCUAAGUCAGUGGGCAAAAGUUUUGGUUAAACAUAUAAAUACAACUAUGAUGCAUACAAUUUGUGGUAUAUUAAGAUGUGAUGUAGAAGAAAUAUUAGUCUUAUAUAAUCCAAGAAGGAAAUUGUUUGAGACAUUACUCGACAAUAAAGAAGAUCUCUGAACAUAUAUUUGAUAUAAUACACUGUUUAAAUUUCGUUCUACUAGUACCACUGGAAAGAAACGGACUUGGCGUUCAUUAAAACAAGUCUUAGCUCAA